AACUUUUACUUUGAAGGUACGAAGCGGACCCCAGAGGAAAGGAAAACAACAGAGACGCUUUGACCAACAUGUCCGCCGGGUCGAUGCGUCUGAACCACAACACGAGUGCAGCCUGGCUGCGGUUCCUCUUCCCGGGUCAGCCCACCUGUAGACCCGCCCUGCAGGUCAGAGGGGUCAGCGCCGUCCAGCCAGGGACCUCUGCCCCCGACGAGGCCGCCGCCCGGGACCCCCACGCCCCCCCGCUGUUCUCCAGAUCCAGGACCGGUCUGUUCUUCCUGGCCCAGCCUCAGCUGAAGAACCCCUUUCUAGAAGACCCUCUGUUAGGGAGGUAUCUCAGGAGACACCUGCCACACCAGCAGGCCGUGUUCUCAGACCUGCAGGCGUUUGGGGAGAGGAUCUCAGGUGAGGUGGACGCCUGGGGGCGAGAGUGUGAGGUCAACCCCCCCAGGCUCGUCCCCUUUGACCCUUGGGGUAGAAGGGUGGACCACAUCGUGACCUCGCCCGCCUGGCAGCGCAUGAAAGAGCUGUCUGCCAGCGAGGGGCUGGUCGCCAUCGGCUACGAGAGGUCGUGUGGUGAAUGGAGGACGAUGUUGCGUUACUUCUUCCCUCCUGAUUUCCGGAUCCCUAAGGACGAUGUGAACGGUAUGACGGCGGAGGAACUGGUGGCGUUCCCUCUGAAGGAGUAUUUCCAGCAGUACGAGCUGGGCCUGCAGUCGCUGUGUAACUCGUACCAGAGCCGGGCGGACGCCAAAGCCAAGGCCGUGGAGGAGAAGAGCAGCAACGCCGAGACCAAACUCAAGGAGGCGGACGAGAAGCUGCAGAAGCUGAGGGCCAACAUCGUCUCUCUGCUGCAGAAAGUGCAAGAGGACAUCGACAUCAACACAGACGAUGAGCUGGACGCCUACAUAGAGGACCUGCUCAACAGGGGGGACUGAGGCCGCCGCCCCCUAAAGACUCUAGCUUUGGUUCUCCUGGGGGCCCUCAGCCCACCAGAGAGGGGCCCUCAGCCCACCAGAGAGGGGCCCCCAGCCCACCAG